GCAAGCUAUAAUUUCCUUUGGAAUUAAUAUUAUGGCUGUGCCGGCUAUAGUUAUUUACUUGAUACAUUGAAACUCAUAAUUUUUGACAAUUUAACAUGGAAACUAUUAAACCAAAUGCAGCAUUCCUCUGUAACUUCGAAGUAAUGCAAAUAUUGCAACAACUCAAGGAUAGUACACAAAAGAAACACAAGAGAGAGGGAUCAUUAGCAACUGUCACAUAUGAGACUGUACAUUACUUACAAAACUCAGAUUGCAAGCAUCAAAAUGCACAAUCUAUUGAAAAGUUUUUGGAAGCAAUGAAACCUUUUAAGUUAACAAAAUCGGAAAAACUGAUGAUGCUAAAUACUCCACCACACACAGAGCUUGAGAUUCAAUUGAUUGUGCAAGAGAGCGAAGAAAGGCUUUCAGAGGAUGAAGUUCGUAAAAUAAUAAGUAUUGUUAAUGAACAUUUGCCAUCCAGUGAUACAGCUUAGUAAAAUUGCUUAAUAU